AUGAUAGACGGAAACAUCUCGAUGGAGGAAGAUACCGAAUUACGGGACCUGGUGGUGCAGACUCUGGAAAGUAACGGCGUUCUUGCUAAGAUACGGGCGGAACUCAGGGCGAGCGUGUUUCUGGCACUCGAAGAACAGGAUUCAGUUAUGAAUCCUGAACCACUUCUCAACAAAACUGUAAAACAGUACCUGUCUAAUUCAGAAGGAAAAUUAUUGUUUUCCUUAGUUAGGGAGUUCCUAGAAUACUUUGGUCUUGACUAUACAAUAUCUGUGUACGACCCAGAAACAUACUUUGGGAAGGAAUACAACUAUGUAGGAAGAAAUAAAUUGUGCGAAGAAUUAGGUAUUGUUUCAACUGAGCCAUUACUGGGAGAAAUUCUCAAGAAUAGCAUCAACGGUGCCUUUAAUAGUUCACAAAAGAAUAAAACUAGACACGAUGUAACAAAUGAAGACUCAACAAAUUUCGCAAAUGCAACGUUUGAAGUGUCUGUUCCCAAAAUAUUCCACAAUGAAUCCGUAUCGUCAAAUGAAAUAUUAGAAAGCAUUUCUGAACAGAGUCCGAAAGUUCCAAUAAACGUGACAAUAACGGAUAAGAAGAGCAAAGAUAUACCGACUGGCGCCGACGUUGUAACGGAUACGUCGGAUUAUGAUAAGCAUCAAUCUUCUCUCAGGGAGAGUACAACGGAUAUUGAUAGAAUUGAAGGUAACAGGAACAAUAAUGUAAAUUUUGAUAAGAAUACUUCGAAUCCACAUGACACAUGCACGGCGACGAACUAUGUGGCACAGGAGACUGAUAGUACCGUUACGUCCAAUCAAAUGAGUCCAUUAAGCAAAUCCGAAUCCUUAAUUAAGUUCGAUGACUCUAUAGUGAUCGACACGCAAGAAAAUCAAAAUAAAGAUGUAUCUAAACAAAACAGUAUAAAUAGUUUGGAGCUAAGUAUAGAAAAUAAUGUACAAAGUAAGAAACCGGUUAAUGCGGGAAGCAACUUCGGGAAAACGAUUUAUUUUGACGAGAUUAUCGUCGGCAGUGAGCGGAAAAAUGUUAGUACAAUGAAUAAAGCCGAACCUUUUCUAGAAAGUUUGCCAACUAUAAAUCAGAAAGCUAAUUCUAUAUUUAGUGAUUUGCCGCCGUUAAAUGGUAAAAAGGCCAACAUUAAUGAUUUGAAGGAAUUAAUGGAUAUUGGGCUUGCUACAGAUGGUAUAGAUAACUAUGAAGAAGACUUUGUGUCGUCUGCAUCAGGUAGCGCAAACGAGCAAAGCCCUACUAAAGAGCCGGAUAAGAUAGACAGUCCUCUAAAAUUACAAACGAAGAAAGAGGAAAAACCUCAAAGUGCUCGUACUGAAGAUUUAAGUGAAGAAAUCGAAGAAAUGGAUGAAAUCUUGAGUAGUACCUCUUGCCUCGAAGAUAUAAAUACAGAUAAGAAUAUAUCAAACUUUGCGACGGGUAUUAUCGCGGAUCAUAUAUAAGGAAUGUAAUUUUUAAUGGCGCAUCGCAUAGAUCCUCUGUAAGGAUUCUAGCGAAUUGUUCCUCUUGUAUAUGUUAUUUUGAUAAAAUUGAUAUCUUAUCGCUAAAUUGCCACGGACAUCUAUGCCGACUACCAUGAGAAUUUAGGAACUCGCAGAAUUAACUUUAUAGUUUCUGA